CCCCUGAUCUUGCAUGGACAAAGUGGCCCGUGGACUUUGGAGGAGCCUGGGAAGGACAACCAUUGUGCCAGCAUUUGUGCAAGCUGCUCGAUCUUUGUGGCGGCUGACCCAAUUGAAGCUCGAUUGAAGGUCAGUUGGGAAGCUUUGGAAGCUUUGGCGGUCAUCAACAGGCUUCUCCGAAGCUUGCUGAUCCGUCCGUUCAGCAGUGGGAUAAGCGCAGAAGCGGCAGCUGAUGGCAGGUACUCAGGCGAUCCGGCUGCCUGCAGUUGCCCCCUUUGCCCCUCUUGAGCAGCCAUCAAGCAGCGGAAGGAAGCACGCAAGGACGCAGACUGCUCGCAGUAGCUUGCUCACAUCUAGGCCUUUGUUGAGGGUUAAUUGUCCUCUAUUGCCAUCAUCUUCUGGGGCUGCUGUCCACUCUUGGAAGCAAGAGCGCAUCGCACCCAAGAUGGCGGCAUUGAAAGCGACAGGCCAAACUAGCGCAACAGGCUCCUCCAAUGCUGGCCCCAGUAUUCGAGCUGCUGCGGGAGUCUCCACCCUCCAGAAGAUUGACUUCAAGAAACUCCAGAAUGGCAGUGACAUCCGUGGGGUCGCUCUUGAAGGCGUUGAAGGAGAGGCAGUGAAUGUAACGCCAGAGGCGGUGGAAGCCAUUGCACAAGGAUUUGCAGACUGGAUCAUGGACAAGAAGAAGAAGGAGGGCGCGGCCAAGCCUGAUCGCAAGUACCGCGUCUCGAUUGGGCAUGACUCCCGGCUGUCUGCCAAGUCCUUGCGGGAGGCAGCGGGGCGGGGCGUCGCCAGCGCCGGCUUUGAUGUUGUGCAAUACAAUCUCGCGUCCACCCCGGCCAUGUUCAAUUCAACACUGACAAAGGAUGAGAGCCUGCUUACACCUGCCGAUGGAAGCAUCAUGAUCACAGCGAGCCACCUGCCGUUCAACCGCAACGGCAUGAAGUUCUUCACCAACACGGGGGGCACCGGCAAGGCGGACAUCACCGACAUUCUCGCACGCGCCGCCAAGAUCUACGACGGUUUCACAGAGGAGACCCUCGAGAAGAGUUCACAGGCAGCUGCAAGCGCGACGUCCGAGGUAGAUUACAUGGAACGGUACACAGCAGAUCUGGUGGAGGCAGUGAGGAAGGGGGCCGGGGGAGUGGAGAAGCCUUUGUAUGGUUUCCACGUCGUCGUCGAUGCGGGCAACGGUGCUGGCGGCUUCUUUGCGCCCCAAGUGUUGGAGCCCCUGGGCGCUCGGACGGACGGCAGCCAGUUCCUGGAUCCUGACGGCACUUUCCCUAACCAUAUCCCGAACCCCGAAGAUGAGACGGCCAUGGCGGCAAUUCAAAAGGCGGUGCUGGACAACAAGGCGGACUUUGGAAUCAUCUUCGACACCGACGUCGAUAGGUCUGCUGCGGUGGAUUCUGGCGGCAAGGAGAUCAACCGCAACCGGCUGAUUGCGCUGCUGUCGGCCAUUAUCUUGGAAGAACACCCGGGGACUACUGUCGUCACCGACAGCGUCACCUCCGACGGCCUCACGGAGUUCAUUGAAAAGCUGGGCGGGAAGCACCACCGGUUCAAGCGCGGGUACAAGAACGUGAUCGACGAGGGCAUCCGGCUCAACUCGGUCGGGCAGGAGACGCACCUGGCCAUUGAAACGAGCGGUCACGGCGCGCUCAAAGAGAACAACUGGCUGGACGACGGCGCAUACGCUAUGGUCAAGCUGCUCAUCAAAAUGGCGGCUGCCGCGACCGCGGGCGAGGGCAAGGGCAGCGGGGUGCUGACGAAACUGAUUGAAGAGUUGCAAGAGGCGGAGGUGGCUACGGAGCUGCGGUUCAAAAUCGACCAGGCACACCCCGACGUGCAAGGGGACUUCAAAGCGUACGGCAACAAGGUCUUGGCGGCGUUGGAGCAGUCGGUGAAGGAGGACGACGCGCUGCAAAUAGCGCCCGUCAACCACGAAGGGAUCCGAGUUUCCGGCCAUGGAGGCUGGUUCUUGCUCCGGCUGUCCCUGCACGAUCCCGUUCUUCCACUCAACAUCGAGGCACCCAGCAAGGAGGAUGCGAAGAAGUUGGCUGCCGCGGUUUCGAAAGUUGUUAACAAGUUUGAAGCCCUGGAUGUGAGCGCCCUUCAGAAGGUCUUGUAAACGCGCGCAUCCGUUUGUCGUUGAGAUGCAAUCGUAGGCACUCAAGUUGGAUUCAGUUUUCAAUCGAGGUGCCGGGUUGUGUACGAGUGUACAGAAGUUUGCUCCCUGUACAAGUUCCGGUGGCUAAGACGAUGCUGACGCUAGGGACUUGCAGACAUUCUUCAAGUCAACCAAGGGCCAUGUAACCAAGAUUGCUCUGCGUUCGACCGGAGGUAAGGAAUGUAUAUGUACUGGUACACCGCCUUGUAGACUUGUGCUUCACGGACUGUGUAAGCCCGCAAUUGUGCAGAUUGGUGUCAGCGGCUGGUGCAAAGCCUGUCGUCAAAGGAUUCUGAAAAUAAUGAAACACAAGAUUACACUUUCUAGACACGAUAUGAUCCUCAAUCCCAUGGGUAGAAAGUAUGUCACGUUACUGG